UAUGGUUCGGUUGCGUCAUUAGUUACAGCUAAACCAAUUUUUUUUUUUUAAAUCAUUAUAUUAAUGAGCAAUAUAGAUGGUUUGAUGAACUUCAACGACGGCGCGGCAGUAGCAGGGCGUAGUUUAUUCAUCCCAUGGGGGACCAGCAAGCAGCCAGCUUAAGAUGAUGCGUUUGUUAGAGGGUAAUAGAAACCGUUGCCUUUUGUCUGAAUAUUAAAGCCUAGCGUUUCUAGUAAAUUCUAUAGCAAUCAUAGCUCCUCCAAAAACUCGGCGAAAUAACCGCUGGCUCCAUGUGCUGUUUCUUCCCUAUUCUCUCUAUAUAUAUUCCCCACCCUCAGCGUUUUCUUGGAAUAAUUAACUAACAUACAGCUAACUACAUACUUGGGUGGUCAUUAGUUUCGAUCUGUUCUUGAACAUUAAUCUUGAUGGGAAAUUGCAUGGCGAGAAAAGCAGUUAUGGUUGGAGAAGAUGAGAAGAAGAAGAAGAACGAGGCGCCAAUAAGAGAUGAAGGAAAAUCUGAAGAGGAAUGCAGAAAAUCAUCGACGAAAGAGGGAACGAAGCAGAAAAAAGCAGUUAGGUUUAGGGUGGACGACGAAGAAGAAAGGAGAAAAUUAGGGGUUGUGAGGAUUAGGCUUGUGGUGACGCGGGAGGAGCUGCGACAAAUCUUGAAUGGGGAGGACUCGGGGUAUUCUACUUCCUCCGAGGAAUUGCUGGCAGCUAUCAAGUUAGGGAGUAGAAGAAGAAGAACAAGUAGCAGAAUACGCAUGGAUGAUCAACGUUUUUCAUCGAGUGAUGGAGAUAUGGAGUCGAGAAAAUGGAGACCAGCACUGGAAAGCAUCCCAGAGUUCUGACUACCUCUAUUUGGUAUUGAUGUUUAAUGUGGUAUUUGGAACUUAUGUAGUUAUGUUGGUUCUCAUUGUAUACUGCUUUUUUUUUUUCAAGUUUAGCUAGUUUUCCAGUAUUUUUGUAAUUACUGUACAUAUGUAUGUGGGUAAUUUAUGUCAACACCCAUCUGGCAGCAAUUCAUUAAAUUACUGGAUACGGUUAAUUAUUCAUUACAUGACUACACACAAUGCAGGGAAACAUGAUACUCCGUAUAACUUAUUCAAGAGCUGAAUGUUGUAUAGCAAAUCAAUUCAUUACAUUCUGAACUCAAAAUUUAAACAAUUAAGUACAA